GUCCAGCCCGUUAUCAUCAAAAUACUUGUGUACUUACUCACUCUCCUACGUAUUCGGCGUCAUCGCGCCCAGCGUUUUCCUCAUCUUCGACGCACAAUUGUUCCAUGUAUUUCUCCUCUUGAUCUCCCUUCUCCCAGCUACCCCACAACGCUCGCUACAGGCCCGCCAACUCGCUUUAUCGGGCUGGCUACCUAGCUGUUCAGCCCACCACAUACAACUCAAAGGAACGCCUCCCAAGCUCUCCACCACAAACACACCCUCGACCACCACUAUUGUCUCACGGCUGUGCAGCUUCGGUUGCUGCAGCUCUCUGCUGACGGAAGAUGCCUUGCUUCAAGGGCAUCGCGGUCAGCGUUCAUGCGGAGGGCGCUCCCCUUCCAGAAUACUCGGUGCAGAAGCAGUCCAGAGUCUCACGCGUUAACACAUACAUCCCAGUCCCAAAGCCCAAAGAUGUAACCUCAACGAAGCCCGAACCCUCCAAGUUUGCUAUCUCCAUCACACUCCUCACUCCAGGCCUUGCAGUCCCCUACUCGACCCCCAAACCCACCCCCGCAGAUCCGUAUCCGCAACCUCAGAUCGUUGGAGGACUGCCAGGGAUGACCUCUCAGCGGGGGAGCUAUGCAGGCGCUGUGAGCCCUUACAUUCCCAUCACGAAGUCCGAGAACGAGACAAUCGCGGCUUAUAUCUACUUUGAUGGAAGGGCGAAGGAGGAAGUUGCUACGCUGUUGCGGCCAGGAGAAGAGACUUGGGUGAAUUCACGAUGGGUUCAAGUACCUGAAUCUGAGGGGGGUGGACUCGCAGAGAGAGAGUUCUUGUUUCGGGAGGUAGGUUUGGAGAGAUGGUUGAACGGGCUUGAUCUAGACGGGCAGGACGCAGCAGCCAAGAUCGAGAAGCGUAGACAGAAGUUUGAAAAGCGCAGAAGACGCAGAAAGCAAGAGGUUGGAAGCGACGAUGAGCUUGCAGAUAUCAUGUCGUCGGGCAAGGCACCUGGACCGCGAGAUGUCUUGAGAUAUGGCGCGGACGAGAGUGCACCAGUAGAGAAGCUAUCUGACGAGGACGACUUCAGCUCCGAUUCAGAUGAUGAUGCACCACCUGAAGCAGCUGGACAAAUCAAGGUUGCAAUGUUUCGAGUCUUAGCAUCUGGAGAAAUUAAGAGAGGCGAAUAUUCACCGCAAUUUGACGCUCAUGAUGAUGAUGAGGAGGGCGACUCCAAGAACACGGAAGGCGAUGGGGCAGAUAUUGACCAUACUACAAGCUUUGCCAAGCCAAAGACCUUGGACCCUAAAUCUAUCAGUACGCAAACUGUUACAGGCAUAGAUGGACCGGAUAAACCUUUUGCUGUUUUUACUUUCUUCUACAGGGGCGAACGCCAACUGCAGAAGAUGGGAAUACUGGCACCCAAACAACAAAAGACCGCAACAGGACCUACCAAACGAAGCUCAACACAACUAGACUUCUCUAAUCUCGCUCCCCUGAAGCCGGGUGGUACAGUUGGGUUUUCCUCCUUCCGAGAUAACGAUACGUCUUCCUCCCGGCGAAACAAGUCUAGAAAGAAGAGCAACGGAAGCGCUGGUGGAGCCAUGGAUGAAGAUAGCGAUGAUGAUGACGAUGAUGUUGAUCUCGUAGGAAAUAUGGAUGAUAUGGAUGACAAGGACGUAAAGACAACAUUGAAUCCCGAAGAGGCAAAAUAUCAAGGAGAACUUGCAGAUGGUGUUGGACGUAUUAAGCUCAAGCGUCAACAUUCCGCCGAAACGCUGAAUGCGAAAUCACGCAAAUCACCUGGCUCAAUAGGCACCCCUUCCCUGGGAGCAACACCGCCAGCGGAAGCAGAGACAAGCUCGGCUGCCAAUGCAACCCUCUCAAACAGUGUUUUUGGCACCGGUUUACCGGCUGAUUCCGUCGUUGGAAGCCCGCUCAAGAAGCACCGGGCCAGCUUGUACGAUAUGGACAACGAGACGAUGCAGAAGAGACUAGGCGCAGGUUUUACGAGCGGAGUUGGAGACGUUGUGGCUGCAGCCGAAGCUGCUCAUACACCACUUCCCGAAGCCACCAUGAAAGUUGAGGCGGAAGAGGAAGAGUUAUGAUGAGACAAUAAGUCGUGCUCCAUGAGGCAUGGGUCUGAAUAUGGUUUCUGACCUUUCUCGCUGACCAUAGUCGAUUGGAAAGCAGGGAUGGCACAGCACUGGUGAGCGAUGGAUGUUAACUAUCACCAUAGAUGGUCAGAUAGUCACUCGAUUUUGUAAGACAGAAAAUACCCAGAGCAGCCAGUUGAGGUAUGAUGAUACCAUUAUCUUCGAGGUAGAUUAAUUGACCCGUACAAAAAGUAAUAAUACUUCAUUUGAUUUGCAAG